AGGACUUACCACUGCUGAGGACACCCUUGGGAGAAGCCACCGCAGAGAGGAGGAAAAGGCGAAGAGGAGGGAAACGAUCAACUGUUGAGGACCCGACAGACUGCUCCUUUCUUUUUUUCAUUGUCUUGAUUCAAUCUCUGUUUCCAUCCCUCCCUUUCUCUCUCUCUCUCUCUCUGUUUCCUCUCUUUCUCCUUCAUUCCCCCAACAACCACCACCACCACCACCACCACCACCACCACUUCCUCCUCCUGAGUCUACCCAGAGUCCUCUAGGAGGGGACGCUCGUUUGCGAGACCGCCAUGCCCACCAACGGGAACAAGCCGCUGAAGCUGCAGUUCGGCCUGAUCAACCACGAGGGCCGCUACCUGACCGCCGAGGCCUUCGGCUUCAAGGUGAACGCGUCAGCGCCGAGCCUCAAGCGCAAGCAGCGCUGGACGCUAGAGCAGGACGAGCGCGACGCGCAGGUGGUCUACCUGCGCUCGCACCUGGGCCGCUACCUGGCCGCCGACAAGGACGGGCGCGUGACGUGCGAGGCCGAGUCGCCCGAGGCCACGGCCGACAGCCGCUUCCUGAUCGUCGCCCAGUCUGACGGCCGCUGGGCGCUCCAGUCCCAGCCGCACCUGCGCUUCUUCGGCGGCGGCGCGGACCACCUGUCGUGCUUCGCGCAGGCCAUCGGCGAACGGGAGCUCUGGGCCGUCCACCUGGCACUGCACCCGCAGGCCAACCUGCUCAGCGUGGCCCGCAAGCGCUACGCGCACCUGUGCGGGUCCGAGGGCGAGGUGGCGGUGGACAGCAACAUCCCGUGGGGAGUGGACGCCCUCCUGACGCUCGUCUACCUGGACGGCAAGUACUGCCUCAAGACCAGCGACAGCCGCUUCCUGGGCAACGACGGCAAGCUGACGGCCGAGAAUGGACGCGCCACCGGCUACACGCUGGAGUUCAAGUGUGGCAAGCUGGCCUUCAAGGACUGUGAGGGCAAGUACCUGACGCCCAUGGGCCCCACGGGCACGCUGCGCUCUGGACGCUGCUCCAAGCCCGGCAAGGACGAGCUCUUCGACCUGGAGGAGAGCCACCCGCAGGUGGUGUUGCAGGCGGCCAACAACAGAUUUGUCUCCAUCCGACAAGGAGUGAACAUCUCAGCCAAUCAGGAUGAUGAGACGGACAUGGAGACGUUUCAGAUGGAGAUCGACAGACAGAGCAAACAGUGCACGUUCAGGACCAACGCGGGGAAUUACUGGACUCUUGUGUCCCACGGAGGAAUCCAGUCGACAGCCACUGAAGUAGGUGCCAACACCAUGUUUGACAUCCAGUGGCUGGGGCGUCGUGUGGCGCUCAGGGCCAGUAACGGGAAGUUCAUCUGCACCAAGAAGAAUGGUCAGCUCGCAGCGGUCAGCGACUCUGUGGGUGAGUGGGGGAAAGCAGGAGGACUUGGGCUCGUCUGGACUGACCACUUAUCAUACACCGGGAAGGACGAGCAGCUCGUCCUGAAGCUGAUCAACCGACCCAUUCUGAUCCUGAGGGGGGACAACGGCUACAUCUGUCACCACAAAAGCUCCAACACCCUGGACGCCAGCCGCUCUGUGUAUGACAUCUUCACCCUCCAGUUCAGCAAUGGGGCAUAUCACAUCCAAGGAGCGGGCGGAAAGUUCUGGUAUGUCUCCAGUCCUGGCCUCGUGUGUUCAGACGGCGACACACCUGAGGACUUCUUCUUUGAGUUCCUGGAACACGGCCGAAUCGCAAUCCGGGCCACGAAUGACAAGUACCUGCGCGGGGACCAGGGCGGCACGCUGAAGGCCGACGGCGAGAACGCGGACAGCUCGUCUCUGUGGGAAUACUGACCCCUGCUGGACAAAGGAGGAACUGCAUUUGCUCCCCCUCACUUGGCUCUCGCACAAGCAAAGAGAACGUGGGAGCUCCUCUUAGAAUGACUUUGACUGCGAGACAGUGAGAGUGAAAUCCAUCUUUUAUUUACAUAAAUA